UUUCCUUUCAACUGAUCAGAGCUGAUCGAGUAACUCUGAAGAGCUCCGGUGUGUUCCAUUACCACAGAUCAUUUUGAUCUGGUUCAUGUUUCCCUCUUCCCCUCAUGCACGACCUUUUUCGCGGGAGCAUUAGAGUAGAUCAGUAAACAUAACCUUAGUUCUUUAUUUACAUCUUUGCUUAAAAUAUUUUGCUUGGGUAAUAUCACGAAACAAUAAUGGAAUUAAUCCUAGAGGAAGACGACGUACAAUAUAAAUUAUGUGUAUCAGAAACUGAUUACAAUCGUGCAAUGACAGAUCAUGCAUUUGCACAAAGUCUAUUAUUUCACGCAAAAGUUACCGGUAGUUCUAUUAGUACAGUUGCCUCAAAUCAAAGUCGUGUAGAGAACUUGGAACCGGCAUCGGACAAUUUGGAACAGUACUUGGAAAACGACCGUCACAGCUGGUCGCAUGACGAGACGUUGUGUCUUAUUAAGUCAAUGGAAGUGCACAUUGAGGAUGAAAACCAUCCUAAAAAAAGGAAAUUCAUUUUCGAAAAUGUUGCAAAUGAUCUGAUAAGCAAUGGCUUUCAGGUGAACGCUACCGUGUGCCACAAUAAGUGGAAAAACUUAAUGCGAUCUUAUAAAACUGCAAAAGAUAACAUGCUAAAAACCGGAAGAGGACCAACUAGAUUUUUAUUUUUUUCUGAAAUGGAUGGGGUUCUAGGUGAAAAACCAUCGAGCAGUGCGACACAUACAUUAGAAUCUAAUAACUUACAAAAUUUACCCGACACAUUGCCACCUCCCGAGAUGUCUGCAAUGUCCUCUCCGUCAUCAUCACGGUCAUCAACACCCACACUGACACGAAGUAAAGAAAAAAAAGGAAGCAUUCUACAAAUAAAAAAAGAGGAAUUUAGGAGAAAACAUGAAAGACAUAAGGAAAAAAUGAGACUUCUUGAGAUAAGGAACAAGGUUGAGGAACAGAAAGUGAAUCUCUUACAAGAAAUUUUAAAUAAGUUAAACUCAUAAAUAGUUGUAAUUAUGUUGUUUCAAUAUGAAUAGUAAUUUCGUUUUUUAAAUUAUGUAAUAUUACAUUGGGAAUAUGUUAUAUGUUACUAUAAAUAUUUGUUUAUUUCAUGAAAUAAAAAAUAAAACAUAUAAUCUGAUUACGAAAACAUUUCUUCAAAUAUUUGUUCUCUCCGAUGCCUGGUUACGUUUUUUACAUCUGACUGCAAUGGUAUUUCACUAUUAACAUCACUACUUAUGUCAUAAGGUUCUAUUACUGUAUUAUCAUGUUUGCUUUCACAAAUAUUGUGAAGCACACAACAAGCCAUCAUAAUUUUCACACAGAUAUUGAUAUUUAAGUUCUCUAAAUGUUGUAGCCUGCGGAACCUCCCCUUCAAAAGUCGAAACACAUGUUCAACAAUAAUGCGUGUCGAUGAAUGUUUAAAAUUAAACACUUUUUGAUUGUUACUUAGGGCACCGUUGUCCUUAAAUGGAGGUACUAACCAACUCAGAGAUGGAUAUGCUGAAUCACCCAGUAAGUAUUUAUUGCCAAAGAAAUUAACAUUAUUUUCGGCUUUAGAAUACAGUGAGGACCUCCUUAACAACCGAGCAUCAUGCAGAGAUCCCGGCUCUCCACAAUACACGUCAAUAAAUUGCCUGAAGCUAUUGACAGUUCCUUGUAUUAGCAAACUAAAGUAUCCUUUUCUAUUGAUGUAUGAGUCUUGAUCAUUUUUUGGCCUCCGAAUUCUCACAUGACAUCCAUCAAUUGCUCCAAUUACAUUUUGACUGCCAAAUUUGGUGGCGAAAGCUUUAGAUAUAACUUCUGUUUCCUCCUGCGUUGGCCACUUAAUGUACUCAGUACGUAGAGACAGUAUACAAUUUAAUACCCUUUCAAUUACACGGUGAGCAGAGCUCAGUGACACAUCAAAACGAUCAGAAACCUGCCUAAAUGAUUCCGUGUUUCCAAGGUACCAUAAUGUCAUAAGCAUGGCCUUUUCACUUGAUAUUUUCAUUUUUCCGUGUUCAUGAACAGGGAUGAAACCACUGUUUUCCAGUCUACUAGCUAACUGGUACACUAUUAAUUUGUG